AUGUAACAGUAAAUAAAUGGAAUUUAACAAAAUUAGGAAAAAGAAUCAAACAAAUUGAAAUUUGAUUUUAUCAAUUAAAGGUGUGAUAAAUUCCAACUAUAGAUUCAUAACAAUAAUCAUAUUGAUUAUAAUUUCAUAGAUAACGAACUUUGGAUUAGUAAUGAAUUUAUAAAUAAAUAUUAAAGAAAAGAUAUGGAUCCUCCAAAAACAUUGGUUUAGUUAGACUCCUUCACAAUAGUAGGAAUUUAAAGAAAUAUUAUCCAAAAAGAUGAAUUGGAUCCAUAAAAGGCUCAGAUUGGAAGAACCUUUGAUGAAUACUAUUCAAAGCAGCUCUAUGAUUAGAUUCCAAAUCGUUUAAAUCCAAUGAGAACUCAUUGCUUAUAUUUUGAAUUGUCGGAUGGGUAGGAUUGGUAAGAAAUGAAAUACAAAAUUGUUGUUGGGGAAUAGGUAAGUUAAGUUAAUAAUGUACCAGAAGGAAUGGUUAGCAUAUAAGUUCCAGCCCAUCAUUUUUGUCGUUUUGAUUGUGGCCCAGGGCCAAUUCCAGAUGUAGUAAUUGAAGCUUGGCAAUCUUUGGGCAAAUUGAAUCCAGAAGAUUUUGGAGGAGAUCGCACUCAUGAUUUUGAAUUGGAAGUGUACCCAGAGGAUCAAUUAGAUAGGAAUUCAAUGAAAUUUCAUUUAUAUAUAGGAAUAUAAUGA